UCGAGACUGCUUUGGUACUGACAAUUUUAGAUCCGUUUGAGCCUAGCUCAGAGAUGCUAAUCAGCACAUGGUUACCUAGCACAGUUGUAGGGGAGAGCGGGGCACAACCUAACGCUUUUUGACUUUCUCAGUUUGUGUAAAUGUACUUAGGGUUCAGUUAGGGUUCAGUGGCUUUGUUUAAUUAAUACAGUGUAUAAUUUUUUCUUUAUUUACCCCGAAAGAAGGGAAGUGAAAUGUGACAACAUGCCCCAUAGGUGGGGCACAUUGUAACAUGACCAUAUGACAGCUAAAAAUGUUAUCUGAUUUAAUUAAAAAAAAUAUACAUGACAAACAAAAAUAUUUUGUCAAUAAAAGACUAUUAUUUAUUUCAUAUAAAAUAAUAGCAUUUUUUUUUUUUUUUUUUUUUUUUUAGAAAUUUAAAUAAUUUUGUAGUUUGACAUUGAACACUCUGUAAACCACAGCUAUACAGCAUAAGUCAAAACAAUACAUGCAAACAGAUGAAGAAACAUAUUCAGAAAAACACAGAGCUGAACAAAACACUCCCCAUCCUCCACUCAAGGCUCUCACAGAACACAAGAUAAAUAGACGAGCCAGUACAAAUGCUGAACAUUUCUCGACAUAAUAUUUUCUGAAUGUUCAGGUUCUUCCUCUCAGUCUUUAUUCAUCUUUUUUUCCCAUGGUUUCUCACCAGAAAUUCAUAAUUUAUUAUGCCAGUUGUAUCGUAACUAUAUAAUAACAUAGUUCUAAUAGCGGGACACAUUGUAACGCAGUGUUACAGCGAACCCUAUCUGCGCAACUGGAAUUUAAACCUGGUUAGUGUCUUCUGAUAGUUAGUGAAGCAUUAAAGAACUACCCAAACUGCUAAACAACAGAUAGGAGAUUAAAAUAAUAUCAGAUUUGUCUCAUUUUAAAUAAACACAAAAAAUAUAAAUGAAAAAUUAGCUUAAGUAAGAAAUUUACUUUUGCUAUUGUUAAAUAAAUGUUCAGUGAUCUUCAGUGAUCAGAGAAUCUUCCAAAGAUUUCUGAAUUUUGGUGCAAUUUUUUUCUAUAUAUUGUCGAUAUGGCAACUAGUAAAUAAGCUAAGUUUCUUCAUGCUAGCGUGUGUGGAAGUAUUUAAACCAUGUGUGUUACAACUAACCCCACGUUAGUUUGUGCCCCGUGCUCCCCUACACAUAAAAACUAAAUUUUAUGGAGUAACACCCAAAAAAGUUUGCUUAAUUGCAGAAAAAGGUGUUUGGUAGUGACGUUCCUUAAAGUUACAUGCAGAUUUUCAGACUUUUGAACACAUUUAUCUCACAAUGAUGGUACCUAUCUACUAUGAAAGAGAGGCUAUGAGAGGGAAGGACACAGGAAUAUUUCCUGAUCAAAAAUGUAGGGGUGUGGUUAAAAUCAGUCUCAGCUUCAGACUAAAACUUACAAAAAAAAUUUAGGGGUUAGGGUUUGGGACAGCCACCUCCCAAUUGAAAGUACCCAAUAAAUUAUGAUUUUAUAUAUUAAGCUUACUGAUAUUUUAAAUAUUAUUGUGGGAUAGAUAAUGAACAAUCUUUGUAAACAUCUAAACAUCUAAGGACAGCAGUUUGCACCAAUUCUGUAGGAUGGCCUAUAUAGGGAAAUAUAGGAGCACUGGGAAAUGGUACAAGUAGUGGUAGUGCAUAUGCUUGUGAAACAAUCCAUGAAUAUAGUGCCCAGCGAGGCACUCUGAUUUCUUCAGAAGGACAAUGUUAGCAAUAAGAGCAAGCAAUUUUAUCUUUUAAGUCAAGUGUGAAUUAAAAUAUAGUUCCUCCAGAUCCGAGACAACUUACAAUGGGGGUAACAAAAAUGUGCGCAAAGAGGACACUCUGGGAAGUCUGUGUCCCUUGGUAAUGAAACCAAGGGACACAGGAAAGGGGUGUACAAAUUUAAGAAUGAACUCCGUUGCAAUUUGCCAACCAGGAGGAUCAAACUGUUCUCCGCUAUUAUAGCUGUGUCUGGGGUCUAUACAGUAUUCCAUUGUCUGGAUGAGUUCCUUCUCAUCUUAUCAAAGACCAAAGGUAUGUGAUGUCCAUUCACUAUCCCUUGAAAUUGACACAUUGACUCGCAUGCUUUGAAUAACUGCAUUACUCCAAGGACACGCUUUCUUGGCAGGCUGGCUGAUCUCAGGAGAGAAGGAGGUGGUGUGUAUAAAACACAUCUCUGCUGCUGACCCAUCCCAAAACAAGUGCUGGAUUUCUCUGUGAUUGAAUCAAAGAAGAUGCUUUUCCAGGCAAGAUUUUGGCUGAUGCUGUUGCUGACUGGGUCAUAUGGUGCCGCAGUGGGACACAAAGAACAGGACAACAGCCCGAAAGUCACUCUGCUAUCAGGAUUGAAUGGAGAUGAGCGAGAAGUCGGAGAUAAGGCACAUGCCAGUGAACAGCUAAUUGGCCCACCUGCCCAGUCAACACAAUCCACCGAAGACGUACCAAGUGAUCAAGAGCAACAAGCCAUAGAUGACUUCCUGUCAUCCCUGAUCAGAGAGAGUGAACUGAGGAGGAUGGAGUUCCAGCGAUUCGGAAUAUGUUCUCCCGGAACACCAGGUUUGCAGGUUUCACGCCUAGUUCAGAGUGUGCAACAAAACCGAAAUGGCCUCAAGGGUAUACAUGCAACAAAAGUAAUUUGGGAUGCUGAGAAAGAGGGAGAGAUGACUUUAACCCUCAAAUUCCCAAGGCAUGCCCAACCGACCAACCCGGCCUCCGUGACACUCCUGUUCAACGUCGAUUCUAUUAAAGGAGACGGUUUGAGAGUGAAAUUCAACAGUCAUUCCAUCCAUCCAAAUACACAGACGGUUUGCAUUUCUGAGGCCACACGUUUCCUGAUCCUUACAGGAGGACAGAGUCAUGCCCAUGUUCACUUUAAGCUGAGUGUAACAGUCAAGACAUGGAAGGAUGAAAACGGACCGAAACCCAGUGUGUCUGAGCUUCAGGAAAUGUUGAUGAGGAAGGUGGAUGGUAGCAGUACAACGAUGAGGCCGAUCUUACUUCUCCUUUCUGAUCGUGAUGAGCAAAGGACACCUUAUUUAAGAUAUCAGGGAAUUCCACUGGAUGAGAGACCCCCAUCCAGAACUUUUCUUUUCCUUUGCGAGCUGCAGAAGUUUUUGAGUGAGGUCCUUCAUCAGAAAGAUGGACCAGCACCUCAGGAUGAUGCAAAUGCAGUCUUUUUGGAUGCACUGCAUUCCCUUCCACCUCUCAGCCUUGGAGUGUCGUCCACAGAGUCCCUCCUAUCAGGACUGGUGAAUUCCUCCACGCCGACUGUAUUUGUCUUCCCCAAGAUGCAGCAAGGCCUGCAGACUCACCGAGUGCAGGUGACCCUAGAUUCUCCUCUGCUGUCUGUGCUCAGAAUGAGACUGGAUGAAGCCAUUGCUCAGGUCAAACAGCAGGAGGCGGGGCAAAAGGUGAUUGACAGGCUCCAGAAACUGAGUGAACUAAGUGCCUUUUCUCCAGAUGAAGAGGACGAUGAAGCAGUCACUAAGGACCACAAAGAGGCCCAGUACCUGUCUGUUUUGCUGCUGAAGGCCCUGCAGACGGUACUCAGUACCUGGGAGGCGGAAAGAGCCCAGAGGGCAGCCAGAGCAGAUGAGGACAGUCCAUCAACACCCACUCAGUGUCGGCUUCAGAGCUUGACCGUGUCCUUGAGGAAGUUCUUUCUUGAGCCCUCUGUGGCCAACAUCAACAAUUGCGAAGGAGUGUGCGGUUUCCCACUGAACCACGCCAACAACCACGCCAUCCUCCUGAACAGCCUUAUCCAGAGCGGCCAACAUGUCAAUCGCUCUCUCUGCUGCGUACCGGUGGACUAUGGCGACCUGUGUGUGAUCGAGCUGGAGAGCGAGGGCACUAACAUCUCCUUCAAGACCAACGUGGUAGCGACCAAGUGCGAAUGUCGCUGACGGCCUCCUUUGCUCUUUGAAAUGCAUUUAUGUAUGCGUGUAUUGCAAUAUAUGAAUAAAAUCUCAUACAUCUGCAUUUAUUUUUUGCCUGAAAAUACACAAAGCUCUCAGUUUUUACAAAAUGUAUGCAAAUAGACCUGGUACAUAUGCAAACGUGCAACAUAAGCUGUAAUUUGAAGUGUAAAUUAGGAGAGAAAAUUUACAUAUUCAAUGAUAUAAAGAAGAAACUUGUGGACCACUUUUAGCUCUAUGAAAUAAUUAGAUGCCCUGUUAACAUAGAUUUGCAUCAGUGCUGAGCUCAUGAAAAAUGUGGCUGUUUGAAUGAAGUAAAUAUUCAUAAAGCUUU